UUAAGAAAAAUCUUCAUCAUCAUGGCUCAGUGCAAGUUGACACCCCACGAAUUUAUACAAAAUGCUUUUUCACCGAUGGUAGCUGUUAUGUGUAGCCAGCUGGUGGAUCUAACGUGUCAAAAAAAUAACCUUUCUUUUGUUGAAAUGAUACAACCAUUUUGCAAACUUAACACAGAAGCUCAUUUUCGUGAACCGUCUGGGACGUCAGUGGCUGUUAGGAACUUGCGUGUUACUAUGUUGGAUGUCAGUUCUCGACCACCACAGCCAACACUUGCAAGAAAGUUCUUAAAUGAAUCUGUUAGCCUGUCAGCAAAUGAAAGAAAUACCAGCCUACAAAUUGGUGGUCAGACUGUCGAUAUACCAGCAUCAGUCCCUUGGUUUGAAGCCUGGAGGGAGACAUUCCUUCAGGUACAAUUUCCUUCAGAUCAUGAAUUUACAAAACAUUAUAUAGGUUGUAUUCUAGUAAUAUCAUCUGCGGAAAAUAAUCCUGCAGAAACUCUUCAACAUAUGAGCCUGGAGCUACAGCAGCUACAAACUAUAACGCCAGCAAAAUUGCCAAAAUGGUUUGGUCCAUGUGUUCUGCGAUAUUAUGUCCUAGUGCAUGAUGCAGUGGAUGGGGAUGAUAAUAAAGCUGAAACAACAUUCAGUGCUAUGAAACAGACUUAUGGAGACAGCAAUUGCUUCUUCCUUCAAAUGAACUCUCGCCCACCCGGCCAGAAUGAAGACCAGAGCCAUCUCCCAGAUCCAUGGAGUCAGUUCCUUAUCCGUCAGCUUGAUAGCCAGGAGGCAAGUGAUCAGGGCAGCAGUCCUCGUACGCCAGCUGAGAUUGGGGGUGUGACCGGAAUGCCAAGCCGUGUCACCACAGAUGGGAGCUGUGACAGUGAAACCAUGGAUGUGAGUAACCUACUGAGGCCAGGUGUUGGGUCAGUGGUGAUGUCAGCAUUAGAGAUGGCACAGGAGGCCGGAGAGAGUACAACCCCCAUCACUGUCACACAUCAUCCCCUCAGCCCUGAUGCAGAGUCACAAAACUUUAUUCUUGCCAAUUCAGAUAAGAACCAUGUUCCUAAUAAUGAUGUGAUUCCUACUGCAAAUCACAUCAAUGCCAAUGUCUGGGUAGGACAAGGGAGUCAGGCUGCCACUACAACACGGCAUGGUACCUACCUUACUGCGAGUGAUUUAGACCGCCUGAGAAUGCUUGUUCAGGAAUUCUGCGUGAAAGCCUUGUUACCACAUGUGGAAAAACAGAUUCAGCAACUCAGUGAUCUUAUUUCUAACAAGAAGGGUGUUAGCAGGUCAUUUCUCAGUGCUACAAAACGCUGGUUUGGGAGCAAUAAACCUGGUAUGCCUGGUUCCAAUACACCACUUAAUGCAGUAAUCUACUCAAGUGAUGCUCCUGAACUGCAACUCAGAAGACUUGGUGACCUAUGCUUCAUGUUUGGUCAUUAUUCCUUAGCAUUCCAAGCUUAUCACUCGGCUAAGCGGGACUUCAAUGCUGAUCAAGCUUGGUUGUACUAUGCUGGUGCAUUAGAAAUGGCAGCUUUGUCAGCUUUCAUGCAAGGCGAGGUGACUCGGAAAGCACAGGAAUACAUGGAUGAGGGGAUUGUCACAUAUCUUAACUCGUGCAAGAUGCCACAGUUUGCUACAAGGGCAACACUGUUGAGCACUGAAUGUCUGAAAGGUCGCAGCCUUUAUGGUGAGGCUGCAAAGCAGUUCAUUCGUAUGACGAGCGAGGAUUCAGACCUUCGUAGUGCUCUUUUAUUAGAACAAGCAUCAUAUUGCUUCUUAAAGGCAACGAGACCACGCAUGAUGCGUAAAUAUGCAUUCCAUAUAGUCCUUGCUGGACAUCGCUUCUCCAAAGCUGGGCAACGGAAACACUCACUCAGGUGCUACAAACAGGCCUAUCAGAUGUAUGCAGAGAAGAACUGGAGUUUGGCAGAGGAUCACAUACACUUUACAAUUGGUCGUCAGGCUGCACACUUGAAGCAGUUAUCAGAAGCAGCAAAAGCAUUUGCUUGUCUGCUGACUCCUGCUAGUCGACAGUCUGCUGCUCAGCAAGCAGCAUUUCUUCGGGAAUUCCUCACAGUGCAGCAGCAACUCAUUGCUGAAGAAAGUUCUUCAGGAAAUGCUCUUCCUGUUCUUCCCUUGCCAUUAGUUGAUGGCAAUGCUAUCCGAAUUUUAUUAGGCUCACUUCCACCCCUGCAUUUUCAAGAUGGAACCUCAAAUGUGGUACCUGCAACAGGCAUCACGUUUUCAGAUGAUAUUGCAGGUGAAACUGAUGUCAGGUGGUCAAAAUUGGAAGAACUAUUGGUUGCCGAGGUGCAAGGUUCAUUACCAAUGAUCUUCAAACCUACAAUUCAGCUGUAUUCUAAUACUACAAACAACACAGCAAGACCUACGGGAAUUGUGGGAGAGCCUGUGACCGUAUCUGUGAUGCUGCAAAACCCUUUACACAUUUCAAUACCUCUGCAUGACGUUUAUCUGUUGUGGAGCUUCAAGAAAAGUAGUGGGGCCACAUCACAGCUCAUAUGUAAUGAGAUGAUGCAAGAAACAACAGAGAGUCCCAUUCAGACACAGCAUCUCAACUCUGUUAUGCUCAAACCAGAUUGUAUUCAAGAAGUGAUAUUGUGUAUUACACCUAAAUCGGUAGGAGAACUUCACAUCUUGGGGAUUGCUUACCAGAUGUCGAAUCCAGCUGCACAGCAAAGUGCUGAGCCUUCAAAUGCAACGCCCAACAUAGUAUCAGUUCCAGGAAAACAAGUAUUUUCUGUCAAGAGACCAAGGCCAAAAUCCACGAAGGAUAAAGUAUCUCAGGAUCUGCAUGACAGGAGACUGGAGAUUAAUGUUUUUGAGUCAGCACCUUCCUUACAGAUCAUGUUCAGGGACCUCAGCUCUGAGAUGCUUUGUGGAGAGCUGCAACAUGUAACACUGGAAUUCAAGAACACUGGAAACACAGCAUUAACAGCACUGUAUGUGGCAUCUACAGCUCCAGAAUUAUUCUCACUUGGAGGGACCUCGUCACAGCGAUCUGGUGGACAUCAAGUAACACAGAUCUCUUUUCCCAACAACAUGGCAGCUCAGCUUUCACCAGGACAGUCUCACACUGUACCCAUGUGGCUUCGGGCACCGGACACUAAGGGAACUGCAAAUCUUGAAAUGUUAUUCUAUUAUGAGAAUGCAAAUGGCAGUAGUAAUCCUAGGUAUCGCCUUGUAAGGCAUUCAUGGAAACUGACUGUGUUAAGUUCAAUUCACCUUACAACUACAGCCCUGAGAAGCAGUGCAGCAGGACAGACUGGAACGAAGGAGAUCUUAAACCUCACACUCAGUGUCAAGAAUUGCAAUCAGGUUCAUGAUCAAUUAAUGACAGAGAUAUCUCUACUCCAGAUUUCAUUAGCAAGUGAAGCCUGGCAGCUGUCAAAGAGAGUUGUGGUACCUGAAGAUGUGACACUCCAAGCUCAGGAGGUAGUUCAUUUUGUGGCUAAGGUGCAGAGGCAGGAAGAAACGGGAGAAAAGAGAAGCAUUUUUUCUGAUGUAACAUUGAACCAUAAUCAAAAACCAACAGGAUCUUUAAGUGAGAGACCUUACAUUGAUUUCUACAAUCAUCAUCUUGCUAGAAAAACAAAGGAUUCAGCAGAUGGUCCUGAUAUAUCAACACAUCAGCUGGACCCUUCAGCCUCUGUUGCUGGCAGCAGAGGUGUUAAAGAUUCAUCUGUGAAGGAUAUGGAAGCAGCCCUCAGAGUUGAAGCAGCCCUUAUACUCAUGUGGAAGGCCUGUGUGACUGAUGGUGGAGGCAAGAAGCGAACUGCUGUUGGCCAACACCACGUUAUGGUGAAGAAAGUGGGAACACCCAUAACAUGGCCUCCAGAAACUGUUGGGCCACUGCAGGAACAAGAGUUAAUGGGACCUCUUAGAAUGUUUGGCCCAGAUGAUACAUCAUAUAGCAGCCCUGGGGCAUCAGAAAAAUAUGCACCCCUAGAAACUCUUCAGAAACUAGUCACUUACAGUAUUUGGCACCCUCCCCGAAUUAUGCAUGACUUCAAGCAAUCCCGACUCUGUGUGGUGCCCGUCAGGCUCACUCUUCAGAACUGCUCAGAUAGUUGCCUUGUGAUCAAAGUGAACACUUUGGGGAACAGUAGUUCUGCUUCUUCUGCUAAUAAAAGCCGGUUGUGCUCGCCACAUUCAUCUGGUUCAUUCCAAUGGGUGGGGUUAGUAGGAGCGUGGCUAGAAGUGGGACCACAUAAAUCUGAAAGCAUAUGUCUCUCUGCUGCAGUGGGAUCUCCAGGGACAUAUGACCUUGGGAGUCGUUUGGAAGUGUUGUGUAGGUCUCCAGGAGCACCAGAAGUGGAUGCAGUUUCACAGAGUUGGCACAUUGAAUCGGCAUGCAUAGUCAGUAGCUCUCCCCCCAGUGAUUCAUAGUCUGCGGUAGUGUUGCAGUUCUUCUGACACAGCAUGAAGUUAAUGCGGUUAUCGCCUCUCAUUAUCACGAAUAAAUUGCCCCUCUGUGUGUUACUGCACUGACACAGUGGAAAGUUCAGCGACACUGUGGUUUGGCAUCGUAGUGAAGUCAUUGAAUUGUGAUGUAUCUCUUCAUAAUGGAUCUGUGUCUUAACACUUUGCAGACCAGCGAUUUAAAUAUUUAAAUCACCCUGGGGACCGCCAUUUUUAUACCUACUAC